UUGUGAGAGCUUAAACACACAGGGUGGAACUUGCUCACUAGAUGUAAGAAGUUAGAGCAGAAGGAGACAACUCCUGGCAUAGUGUUAGAGGAGGAGGGGAGACUGGCGCACAAAGAGGACGUGAACAAGGGAGACAUUUAGUGGAGAAGACUGAAGGGGGGGAGUGUCGGUAUACAGGAGAGAAGGAAAAGUGUGCAAGAAAGUGAACCGGCUGCUUUCAUUCAUCAUAAAGAACUAUGAUGUAUUUCUUCAUACUGCUCUGUGUCCUUCUGGUUCCUAGCAUCCAACAAGAAAAUGAGGAGGCGAACACCUUUGCGGAGUGCACAGAUGGAUAUGAGUGGGAUGCAGAAAGACAGCAUUGUAAAGAUAUUAAUGAGUGCUUGACUAUUCCUGAUGCCUGCAAAGGUGAAAUGAAAUGUAUUAAUCAUUAUGGAGGUUACUUGUGCCUCCCUCGCUCGGCCUCUGUGAUUAGUGACACCAAUACAGACCAAGGGACUGCCGGAGCACCAAACACAGGUGUUGGAAUUGAUCCAAGAAGCAACCCAUGUCCAAAUGGUUACCAACCAGACCCUCAAGGAUUAGGUACCUGUGUAGAUGUAAAUGAGUGUGAAUAUGAAAUGGAUGACUGUCUUCCCAGCCAAGAAUGUGUAAAUAUACAAGGUGGUUUCCAUUGUAAGUGUCCGGAUGGCUACAGGAAGAUCGGAAAUGAGUGUGUAGACAUUGAUGAAUGCAGAUAUAGAUACUGUCAGCAUCGCUGUGUUAACUCUCCUGGAUCUUUCACCUGCCAGUGUGAGGUUGGAUUCCAGCUGGCAUCCAACAACCGCUCAUGUGUAGAUGUCAACGAGUGUUCUAUGGGUGCACCAUGCCAACAGCGUUGCUAUAACACCUAUGGCACCUUUCUUUGCCGCUGUAAUCAGGGCUUUGAGUUGGACAAUGAUGGGUAUACCUGCAAUGACAUUGAUGAGUGCAGUUACUCCAGCUAUUUGUGCCAGUAUCAAUGUGUGAAUGAGCCUGGACGCUUCUCCUGCAUUUGUCCUGAUGGAUACCGGUUGUUGGGCACUCGUCUUUGUCAAGAUAUCAAUGAAUGUGAGAGUGGAACUGCCACCUGCACGGACCAACAAACCUGUGUCAACUUCCAUGGAGGAUACCGCUGUGUGGAAAAAAACCUUUGUGUUGAGCCCUAUAUACAAGUGUCUGACAAUCGCUGUAUGUGCCCAGGCAGCAAUCCACUAUGCCAUGAUGAGCCUGGUUCAAUAUUGUAUCGGCACAUGAGCAUAACAUCAGACAGAAGUGUUCCCUCUGACAUAUUCCAAAUCCAGGCCACCAGUGUGUAUCCUAGAGCAUACAAUACCUUCCAGAUUCGGUCAGGAAAUGAACAAGGUGAUUUCUAUAUUAGGCAAAUAAACAACAUCAGUGCAAUGCUUGUCCUGGCACGUCCUAUCAAAGGUCCCCAGGAGUUUGUCCUGGAUCUUGAGAUGCUGACCUCCAACUCUCUACUUACCUACAGCUCUGUCCUGAGACUUACCAUUAUUGUGGGAGCACAUCCCUUUUAGACAGCAAGUAUCAUUGGCCACUGAGCUAUUAAGUAAUUUUCAUUCAUUGGUAUUUUAUUUAUUUUCUUUUUUUAUUAAACACAGUCUGUGUUU